AGCGAAAGUAGUUAUAUUCCUCUUCAAGUAUGUUAUUAUGAAUGUACGUUUUUUUUCGGCACUGCUUGCUCUUCAUAGAUAAAAGUUAUCCGGAACUGUAUGUUGUACUAUCCCAGUUUGUUGCACGGAACACAAAUAACAGUGCAGCCUUUCCACUUUGCUACGUUGAUACGAACACGUGUUUGAGAUAUUUUCAAAGAAUGCCGAAAGCACCUAAAGCACUCAAAGGUAAAGGGGCAGUGGAGAAGAAAGUUGUGCACCCAUACAGUAGAAAAGCUGCUCAGAUGGCAAGAGGGGUAAACAAACAGGAAAAAAAAGAAAGAAAAAAGAAUGAGAAAGCUAUACGUCUCAGUUCUACAGGUGAAAAACUGCUUUGGUUUCAGAGCCAACUUGAUCCUAGCAAAACGGAGUAUAGUAAGAAAGAAGCAUGUGCAAUUAUAGAAAGGUAUUUGCAUCGAUUUGACAGUGAGCUGGAACAGAUAGAACUAGUGAAUGGCAUUAAAGGCAGGCAAGGAAGACAGCACAGCUCCCGAGAGAAUGUCAUCAAACAGACCAUUGAACGGGAGAGAAUGCAGUACGAGGGAUAUGGAAUAGAAAUUCCAGAUAUUAUGAAUGGUAAACAUCUUAAAAUGUUCAGGGAAUGGAAUGGGGAUCUGAAAAAGCUGCCAAAUAUUAAAAUAAAGACACUUUCAUCAAAGAGUUUGGAUUCCACAAAGAAAGACUGUAACAAUGGAAUUGAAGAUGGGCCAAAUGAGGACAAGGACAGUUUAACAGCACAGGCAGAUGAGGAUGAGGAGGAGGAGGAGGAUGAUGAUGAUGAUGAUGAUGAUGAUAAGUAAUUUGCUGGGACAUCAGUUCAAAUGAAGAUUUUAUUUUUGCAACAUCAAAUGAAAAUAUGUUGGAGAAACUUUCUUUCUAGAAACUGAGUGUGUUUGCUGUGUAGCCUACUGUAAGUGUGUUUUUGUUUGAAAGAAAAUAAUCUAUUUUAAAUAACUUUAGUGGUCAUGAGGCUUUGUAAUUACUGUUCUGCACAGUUAAUCAUACAUAACCUUGGUGUAAAAAAACAAAAAACACAGCCUCAGAUGAAACUUAAAAACACAGCCUCAGAUGAAACUUAAUUAAAAAAAAAAUUUAAAAAAAAAAACUUGCAUCGCAGUUAAAUCAGAUGUACUUUCUGUUGUCUUGGUUCAGUUCAAACACAGCACCUCUUGGUUUGGUUUAUAUAGUUCCAUUCCCACUGUCUCUAUAUUGCACUGCACAAGCCAACAAAACAUUUGAAGUGAAGUUUCAGUUUUCCAUUGUUUAUAUGUUAUUGUUCGGUCCAAGAGCAGCAUGCCAGUAUGUAGUCCUGUUUUCCUCCAAGUUCAGUAGCCUCCAUUCACUCAUGCUUUGAUGUGUUUUGAAUUCUUAAGUCAUUUUAAAACUGUAUGUGUUGCUUUUGUUUUCCAAGACCUCAGACCUUUCCAAGAAUCAGUUCCGUGCUGGAUGGUCAAACGGAGAGUGCCUCCAGCUCGGGAUUGUGAUAUAACAUUAAAAGAACAAAGAACCAAACUGGAGUGUAUGAAAAUACCUACUGGAAAUAUGUUGCUUGGAGGGAUUCCAGAACCAUUGUUAAUCUGGUCAGCUACUGGUUCUGCAAUUGCAUGGCAGCCACAACGUGCACAAAUCAUCCACCCAGUUGUGCAUGCUGUGUAGUUGAAAGCGUAGACGGCCUGAAGCGGGAUAUAUACUAGUUGCUUUAGCUGAUCUCUCAUACCUAUACCAGUUGGAUGCAAGCAAGUUCCAAAUUAUGUUUGGUGGGGACUUGGCUAAUCUAUGAAAUAAUAUUUUGAAAAUAAAUAUAGUUACCCCUACACUAAUUAGAAGAUAUUCCUAUUCAGUGACUAUUGAUAACAUUUUUAAUCAAUGACUGGUUGGGGGUAAAACUGCUGAUUUUACAGAACAAGCUAGAAACAAGCAUGGCACAUGUAGAAGCGCUUAAUGUAACCUUCCAGGUUAUUUAUUAUAGUCUUUUUAAACAUCAAUGUUUUGCUUUCUUUUUAGAAAAGAGGUGGUUAACUCUACUUUGAUGAUUAAUGCUGUGUGAAUAUGGCCCACAAUACCCAUUUGUUAUCAGUGCUAUUUUUGAUUGAUUGAUUUAUUUUAAUUUAAAAUGAAUACUCUUAUGUUAAACAUCAUCUUCUAACAAUAAUAAAACAAAUAAGUCAUGUAUUUUGAAAUUACAUAAGAAAUUCAAGGAGUAAUACUAAGAAUGUCUUCACACUUCAGCGCUAGGAUGUUGAUUCAUAUAAUGUGUUCCUUGUUGAACAGGCUACCAAAAGAUUUGAUGAUAACAAUUACUUUGAAUAUAUUUGCUCUGCACAAAUUAUUAGUAUCAGUCUUGUUAUAGUGACCAGUUGUAUUCCUUUGAAAAAUACUAGAAAUAAACAAUUUAAAAUCCUUAAAUGAUGUAAGAUGGUAUAAGAUUCCACUCCACUUGACGUCUAAAAGAAAUGCAACAGUUUACUGAUUAGAAAUGAUGGUUAUUUUAGACAAUGCAUAAUGUAUAGAUGCACAUAUUUAUUGCACCAUUGGUUAGUUUUUACAAGUAACUUCACACCUUCAUUUGUUGCUGCAGUGCUAAAUUGUACCUUAGAGCUUAGCUGAACACUAAACUGUGUUUAGUUUGUUUGCUCCACAAUAAUGUGUCAUACAUAUUCAGUGAUUGUUCUAUUAAGAUGUCACAGCCAUGGUCCAUAACACUUCAUGUAUCUGUUUAUUGUUAAAAAAAAAACAAAAAAAACAUAACAACCACAAACAUAUACUGUAAUAUAGGCUGGUUUCUGUAUCUCUUAAAUGACCUAACAUUAAGAAUAGUAAUGUUUUAGUGUCUCUGUUGGAUUUGAGGUAGCCCAAAUCACCAUUGGCAUGUCUGAAAUAAUUACAGAAAAGUCUUGUAAUGUUUACUAGUCUCCUUUAUUUUAUAAAAUGUAAUAUUGUAGUGCAAUGUACCUCUUGUGUAGUCUUUCAAUUAGCAGGUAGUCCAUUUUAAAGUCAUUGAUGAGUUUUCUUGAUAGUUCAUUGUCAAUACAGGGCUAUGUUUUUUGAAUGUCUCAACAACUAAUUGAAACCUCUGCCACUAUAACUCACCACAAACUCAGAACCGCAAGUAAAACAUGAGAAUGGUUAAUACUGUCCUUAAUGUCCUCUUAAAAGUGCUCUGAUCCAAGACCUAGUACAUUUACCACUGCACUUUCCAACCAUUGUAGAACUAACAGACUUCAUAUUCCUCAGACUAUAAACAUUUUUGUAUAAUUUUUCACCAAGUGUAUCCUCGUUCAGAUGGUCCAGCUUUUAAACAGUUAUAACAUCACCAUCACUGCUUUGUACUUUGUAGUGUCUGUGGCUGAUGUCGUCCCACAAAGCCACAGGUAGUUCUUAC